GGGUGGGGACGGGGGGCACGGGGUGAGAGGGAAGAGAUGUACGAUUGGAACCGCACUGUUCUAGAUAGGAGCUCCAGCAGCUCUGCACCUCAUGUAAAGAGACACGUUUUAAAUCUUUUAAACCUAAUCCGAAGGUAAUGUAGAAAUUGUGCGUAGUGAAUCGUUUUAGUUGAGCAGAAGCCAUGGGGAGGGUGGGGAGGGCUCGAACCACAAAUCUGUUGUAUUUUUGAAGUGCAAUAACUUGGUGUUUUUGAAGACUUAAAAGGGCUGCGCAUUCCCUUUUCUUUGGAAGGCUUUGUUUCUGGAGGUGGUGGCAGUGACCUGCAGGACAGCUGGACACCUGGCACGUGAGGAGGAGCGGGGUGGGGGGUGAGGGGUGCUUGGGCCUUCGAGAAAAUGCCAGGUGGGGGAAUCUCAGUUUCUAGCCAACUACCUCGGUAAACUCCAAUUCAGGUUUCUUUCAGUCACGAACCAGUGUGCGGCCCGGCACCGGCGCUGCUGGCGGCACUGUUGGCAGGGUGUUGAGGACAGAGCCGAGGGACGAUGCGUGGAGCCCUGCGACCACGCGUUAACAGCCUCUGGACUUUCCACUUCUCUGUUCAAGACUUUGGUCCCAGACCCAAAGCUACUGCUAUGCUCUUGAUGGCAAAAUGUUGUUGUUCUUGAGUUUGCAAACGGUAACCUUUUUGACUUUGUCUUAGAGAAUUUUUGUAGUUAACUUUGCGUAAGCAGCUCUGCUGUUCCGCUAACGCCUCUGAACUCUGUUUUGCUUUGGACCUUGCUGACUUUUCUGAUCCGUGGAUGAGAGUAAACGUUGGAAGGAAGCUGGCCUCUGCCUCUGCCUCUCGCCGUGCCGCUGGGAGGGUGGUGAGCCGGAGCAAUGCCCCCAUGCCCAGCGUGAGGGGCAUCGCUGCAGCUGAGGCUGCCUGAGCAGCGUCUGGCCAUGCUGCAGUGAGACCCUCGAGCUCAGUGAGGGGCGCUUGGUGUCACCAGGGGCGGCCCUGCUGGCACCUCGGCCUCCCUUCGGCCCUCUCCUCCCAGCCGCUGGCACGUCCCCGUGACGGCAGCGAUGUGGCAGAAACAAAGCGAUGGCGCUUCCAAAGCGCUCAUCCUGCGAUUGAGAAAAAGCAAAAGCAGGGAUGAUCUCACGUCAGCAGAAAAGCCACCAAGGUCCACCCAGAACUGUUAAAAAUCCUUGUCAGUGACUUGCCCAAAAGCAAAGAAUCACCCUCUGGAUGCUGUUGAGCAGGAAGCUGUGACCUGGCAUAUGUUGGAGGAUUCCCCUCCGAGUUCCCAGUCUCUCCCGCGCGGGGCUGGGAUCCUGCAUCCCCUGCCCACCGUGGGAGGGCACCGGGCAGAGGGAGCAUCCCGCACUCCCAGCCCUUCCUGCCCAUUGAUAUUUUAUCUCGGCAAAUGAAAAAUGGAAGGCAGGAGGUGGUGGAGGGGGGGGGGUAAAAAAGCCCCACGCUUUCUCCCCAGGCAUCUUGCGAGGGUGUCCGGCCGGCGGCCGGGGGAGUGGGCAGCAGGCAGGAGACGGCCGCUGCUCCCUUGCUCUUCUGCUGUUUCCAGUCUUGCUCCCACAGAGAAACCCUUAUUUGUCCGACAUAGGCUUUUCUUUUCCUUCUCUUUUUUUUUUUUGUUUUUUUUUUUUUUUAUUAUUUUUUUUCUGUUUGCGUGUAAGCAAUAUGUUUUCAGGUUUAAAUGGGGACGGGGGUGGGAAGGGGGAUUAAAACAAAAACCUGGGUAGAGCUCAAAAAUUAAGUUUUACUGUAUAAAGUUCUGUGGCUCACAUCCCUGGCUGCACAGUAGCUUUAGAGUCCAGUUUUUUCUAAUAUUUGUAUUCUAAUUUAAUUGCUUUAAAUUUUCCAGGCCAAGCCACUGUUUGGAAACAUCAUGCUUCUGUUACUGCUUUCUGUUUGAGUUGGCCAGCUCUUCCUGUACAUAUGUUUUUUCUUAUAUCCUGUUUUUUUCUUUUUUUGUAAAGAGAAGAGAAAAAACAAAAAGAAAAUUAUUUUUCUUUCCCUCAGUACACAUUCUUCAAAGUUCAAAUUAUAGUGUUUGUUAAAUAAAAAGAAAGAUUUACAUUUAAUGCAGUGUCGGCUUGUUGGGAUUUGUCCCCGGGGUCCCCAGGAGCUCCCCGGUGCGUGAGCCCGGAAGGGGGGGUCUGUGCAUGGGGCAGGGGGGGCCCAGGGCAGACCCCCGCUCCCCCACAGCCCCCUGCGUACUGGGGGGCAGCGGGGGCCGAGGUGGGUGCAGCGAGGGCCCGUCCCCACGGCACCUCGGUGCCACUUCGAAUUCCUCCACCUCCAGCGGAUUAAUCAUUUUAUUUAUGAGGCUUAAAGGUCCAAAUCCCGCUAAACCCGGGGCUUUGCCAGAUAAACAGCCUGCUUUGCGAAGCAGCCCGUUUGUGAAAACACAAUUAGCAAACGCUAUAAUCUGCACUAAUUACCGGGCCGGGCCAGGAGGUCUCCCUGCAGCUGGCGGCGGCGCGGGGACCAUGGGGGACACGGUGCCCAGGGGACGGCGCCCGCCCGGGGCCUCCUUCACCAUCGAGUCCCUGCUGGCGGAGCGGGGUGACGGGGCGCCCCACAGCCCCGAGCCCCCUGGCCGGAGCCCCCCGGCCGCCCCCCGGCCCCCGCCGGAGCCCGGGGACAAGCCAUCGCAGUCCUACAUCGCCCUCAUCUCCACCGCCAUCCUCUCCUCCCCGGAGAAGAAGCUGCUGCUCUCUGACAUCUACCAGUGGAUCAUGGACAACUACCCCUACUUCAAGAACAAGGAGAAGAGCUGGCGCAACAGCGUCCGCCACAACCUCUCCCUUAACGAGUGCUUCGUCAAGGCCGGCCGCAGCGACAACGGUAAAGGCCACUUCUGGGCCAUCCACCCCGCCAACCUGGAGGACUUCGCCAAAGGGGACUACCAUCGCCGGCGGGCCCGGCGGCGCGCCCGCAGGGUGAACGUCGGCUACUACCACCCCUACGCCCUGUACGGCCUCGGCUGCUGCUGCCCCCUGCUGCCCCCCCGCCGCCCCCCGCCCCCCCCCCUCACCCUGCCCGCACUGCCCCCCCUCGCCCUGCCCACAGCCCCCCACCGCUGCCUGCCCCCGCGCUGGGGCUGGGGCCGGAUCCCCGCACCCCGGGGCCCCCGGCCCCCUCCUUCCCCGGCCCCCCUUCCUGUAGUCCCUGGCCCAGGGCUGGGGGCUGCCCAUCUGGGCCCCCCCAAAAGGUGGGGGCAGCUCCCGCUCAGGGACUCUGCAGGUGUCACCUGCUCUGUAGCCCAGCCUCCCCCCCCCCCAGGUCACAGGGUCACGUGUCCCCCCAUCACCAGUGAACCCCGAUGCGCUGGGCUGAGACCCCCCAUCCCCAUGCCCCCAGUGGGGACACCCCCCCCACCUCCCUGA